UCUAAAUAACAACAAUUUUUAAAAAUAUAUACAUCAAUAAAAAUUUAAAAAUGAACAAUAUUGUGAGAGCAUAAGUUGCUACUUAACAUAAUGCGGAACUUUAUAUCAAAAAUAACUAUUCUUACUUUCUUGUUUUAUUUUACAUAUUUUAACAACGCACUUGCAUUUCAGGAAAAUAAAACAGGACAUCAUAAUAUACGUAAACCCAAGUACGAUAUUUUUAAUAAACCCCAAAAGUUGGCUACGUACAGGUCCUUUCAACCACCUAUAGGACAGAAACCUACAUAUAAUAAAGCUGAUGAUCGUAAUGACUACGAUUUAAAUACUUACGAUUCUGAGUACGGUGUAGUGCUUUCUAACUUUACAUCUUCAGUAUACGAUGAUAACCCUCCGCUAUAUCCAAAUCCUGACGUUAUCGUUAAGGAAACUAAAGGGAUAUCAAAUAUAUUGAAAGAAAAGAAAGAACCAGAUCCAGACAUGGACCUCCCGGAUGAUUCAUUGGCAGAUGCAGACUUGGCAGAACAUAAUAUAAUAGAUAGCGUUACAUAUGUGUAUGGUUUUAAUAAUUGUCACGGCAUGCGAGACGAAUGGAUGGUUUUGAUUUAUAUUACAAGUGGUUUAGCCGUGAUAUUUCCUAUAUCAUCUAUUCUAUGGCUAAUGUGGAGUGAAAGUGCUGCAGAAUUUAGAAGAAGUAGCAAGUUAUAUCCUAUCAAUAUUAAUCUUUGCUGUUGUCUAGCAGCUUGUACGCUAAUUUAUAUACAAGCUGCUGUGGGGGCGUCAUCUCCUUCGCAAUGUGAGAGAAUAGCGUUGCUUCUACAUUAUACGCAUAUUACUUGUGCCGUAUGGAUAGUGGCUUUGGGUGCUGCAGUUGCUGAAUUCUGUACAUGUGACAAUUUAUUGCCGCUUAAGUAUAACUAUCUUCUAGCAUAUGGGGUUCCAGCAAUAGUUGUUAUGUUCAAUUAUGCACUCUCUAUGGAACAAUAUGAAAUCAAACAUUACUGCUGGAUGUCAAUAGAAAAAGGUAUGGUGAUGGGUUUCAUGAUACCGGCAAUGAUACUCAUACUGAUUAACACAGCCAUUAUCAUAGUUGGGUUACAAAGUGUCAACCAAAAACAGAAUGAUUUAAUAUCGGCGAAAAUUCAAGAUUUGGUUGACCAGCACUUGGCAAAUUGGCCAAAAAACGAACCAGGCAGUUCCGAAACGUUGAACAAUGUUUGUACUCCCCUUCCCAGUAGAAAAAAUACUGAUAGUUCUGACACACUGGACAGGGACUCGAACGAUGAAGAUAAUCCAUAUACGACGGUAACAAUGGGUGCAUCCAAUAGUGAUGCCAAUAGUGACGAAGGAAGAGAGAUGAAAAGAAUAUCUGACAAGCACGUAAUUAAUUUGUGGAAAUCAAUGGCGAAACUCUCUUGGAAAAAUGGAUGGAAUAUUGAAGGCAACGAUUUAAAAGCCUAUUUAAACCUUUGUUUGAUUCUUGAACCAUUUUUCGCUAUAAAUUGGGUCAUGGGGGUAGUCGCUAUAGAAAAUGCUACGCAUUGGUCAACUCCGACUAUUUAUCUCAUUCUCGUUUUGUCAAUGCACAUCUACUUAAUGGCUACAAUAUGCACAACACUACCAAUUGUACAAAAGAAAACACCAACACCAUGUACGGAAGUAUCUACUGAACCUACUAUUGUGCGAUCAAGGACUACCGACAGCAUUCCUCUUUUGGACCCAACCGUACAGCAAGCUAAUGUUACACCGGCACCAGUGGACACUAUUAGUACUAUAAGUAUUUAAAGUCGAAAAACUAAAAAUCAUUAACCAGGAAAUUAUUAAAGAUUGCAGGAGGUUUUUGGGGUUAAUUAAUACAAAAUUAAUUAAUUUUGUACGUUAUGCUUCCUUACUUAUUAUUCGAUAUUUUUUCACAUGAAAUAAUGAUUAUAAUAUUUGCCCACGCACUGGUAGCAGCAAUCAUAUUGUACUUAUGAAUUGAUUUUGAAGAUGAGAUGAAAUAUUAUAUUAUUAUUGAAAGAAAACAAUUUUUAUAUUAUUAUUUAUUGUUUUUAUGCAAAGUUGCCAGGUUAUAAAAUUCGUACAAAUUUUAUUCUACGAUAAGAGAGAGCAUAUUAAAAUAUCAACAACUUAUUUUACCUAAAGAUUAAUUACUAAGUAGUUUGAAGUUUCAAGUUUUAAAGUAGUAUAAAAUAAGAUUUUCUAUGAUCCUUAGUAAAUUAAAAUUAAAGAUAAUUUAUCCUACCUACUAAAAUUCCAAUAUCAAAAUGGUAGAAAAUAACAAUUCCUACUUACUAAAUUCAAAAACUUUGUUAACACAUUUCUUCCUAAAUUUGACCAAACGAUAUCAAAAAAAGUAUUGCUUAUCUACUUUCUCGUUUGU